GUCGCCAUGUCCUGACAACUAGAACAUAUGACUGUUUGCGCCUCGUUCGUCAUGGCACCGCAAUACGGUCCCGGCCAAGGCCAUCAUCUGGACCAUAUGAUGAUCAAGAAUGGAUAUGCCCAGACGUUCGGUACCGGCAGUUGAAGAACGAGACCAGCUCUGACCCAAUGCUUCCAAGUAUAUACACCACAGACGGACCCAGAAUCAGAAGGGAAUGUCGUUGGAAGCUAUCGUGUUUUUCGAGACAUCGUCAACAUGGUGCAUUUUCACCUAAACGCUGGCCUGUGGGCAGCUCUCCUGGCAUUGACAUCCCUACAACCAUGUUCUGCCGACAAACCCGUUGAUCUCAUUGUCCGCCCCAACGGCGGAAAUGUUUCCUCGCCGAUUAUGUACGGACUCAUGCACGAGGACAUCAACAACUCUGGCGAUGGCGGCAUCUAUGCCGAGCUCAUCCGCAACCGCGCUUUCCAGUCGGGCGACGAGUCCCGUUACCCAGUUACCCUCGACGGUUGGUCGCCAGUCAAUGGUGCCAAACUCAGUUUGAAGAAGCUUCCACAACCGCUCUCUUCGGCUCUUCCUUACUCCAUGAACGUAGCGGUCCCAUCAUCUUCAGCCAAGAAAGUUGGUUUCGCCAACGCCGGGUACUGGGGCAUGGACGUCAAAGUCCAAAAGUACACCGGGUCGUUCUACGUCAAGGGUGCCUACCAAGGAAAAUCUUUCACAGCUUCGCUUCAGAGUGCUCUGACUGGCGAGGUGUUUGGGACCACCGAGGUACCUGUCAAGAAGACCGGCAAUGACUGGGUCAAGUAUGACUUCAACUUGGUUCCUGGAAAGGCGGCACCAAACAGCAACAACACGUUUGCAAUCACUUUUGACGCUGCAGGCGUCCGUGGUGGCUCGCUUGACUUGAACCUUAUCAGUCUGUUCCCGCCGACAUACAAGAACAGGCCAAAUGGCCUGAGGGUCGAUAUCAUGGAGGCUUUGGCUGCAGUUAAGCCGAAAUUCCUUCGCUUCCCCGGCGGCAACAUGCUUGAGGGUAACACCCUCCCAACCUGGUGGAAGUGGAACGAAACAAUCAGGGACCUCAAGAACCGUCCCGGCCGAGCCGGUGUCUGGGGAUAUCCUCUGACUGCCGGACUUGGUUUGGUUGAAUACAUGCAAUGGUGCGAGGAUCUCAACUUGGAGCCAAUUCUCGCUGUCUGGAGUGGCCUUGCUCUCGACGGCGGCGAGCUCCCUGAAUAUCGCAUAGACGAGGCCGUCCAGAGCGCUCUCGAUGAGCUCGAAUUCCUCACUGGCGACGCCUCCACACACUGGGGUGGCAUUCGCGCCUCCAUUCUCGGCCACACACGUCCCUGGAAGAUCCGGUAUGUGGAGAUUGGCAACGAGGACUGGCUGGGUGGCGGCUCUACCGGCUUCGAGAAUUACAAGAAGUAUCGGUUCCCCGCUUUCUUCAAGGCAUUCCAGAAGAAGUAUCCAGAGAUCCAGCUCAUUGCCUCGCCGUCUGUCUUUGAUGGCAUGACUAUUCCCAAGCCGGCUGCUGGAGAUUAUCACCCCUACCUGACACCAGAUAAUAUGGUGUCGAGUUUCAACAAGUUUGAUGGUCUGACGAGGGAUAACUUGACCUUAAUUGGCGAGGCAGCGUCAACACACCCCAACGGUGGUAGCGGCUGGGAUGGAAACCUCAUGCCUUUCCCUUGGUGGGGAGGCAGUGUCGGCGAGGCCAUCUUCCUGCUCGGACUGGAGCGCAAUGGUGACAAAGUCAUCGGCGCCACUUAUGCUCCUGGCCUUCGCAACCUCAACCGCUGGCAGUGGUCCAUGACGCAGAUUCAGCAUGCCGCUGAUCCAGCUUUGACCACACUGUCGACCAGCUACCAUGUCUGGAAGCUCCUGGGUACCACCGCCAUAACCAAAACACUUCCCAUCACCGCCAAGACCGGUGGAAUCGGACCGCUCUACUACGUCGCUGGAGAGACCGAAAGGGGCACCAGCAUCUUCAAGGCCGCUGUGUACAACUCCACCGAGCCAGUUGCGGUCACUGUCCAGUUUGCGGGACUUGCUGGGAAGGUAAAGCAACCGCAUAAGAAGGGCACCACCGCUACUCUGACGGUCCUUACGGGCCCGAGCAAUCCGUAUGAGUACAAUGACCCGUGGAAGCACAACAACGUGGUGAAGGAGACCAAGACCAAACUGAACGCUCAGCAGGGGACCUUUUCCUUUACUCUGCCACAACUGAGUGUUGCUGUUUUGGAGACGGAUAGUGACUGAGUCAGACAUAGCAGUGGCACACAUCACUGGAGACGGAGCGAGUCCCGUCGAAACACUUGGUCUACCAGCAAACUUAUGGCAAGUUAGAAAAGAUAAUAACA